CAGAUUAUUUUUUAAGUGUUAAAAAUUCUUUAAAAUCUCAACUCUAGAGCUCUACGUGUCUACCUUCAAAGCCAACCAUGGCCUCCUCAAUGCUAACAAAGCACAGCUCCAUCUUCUUCCUUAUUCUCUUCUUCACCAUUAUCUCCUUAUCAUCCCUAGCCAUCGCUGAUCAUCAAUCAGAUUCUGAGGUUUUCUCCAAGUACAUAUCUCCAUCAUUUCUAGGGCUGAAGAAAGAGAAACUAUCCCACCUUCACUUCUACUUCCAUGACAUAAUCUCUGGGAAAAAUGCUACUACUGUUCGUGUGGCCGAAGCACCCUCAACCAACCGUUCCUCAACAUUCUUCGGAGCCACAGUGAUGAUGGAUGACCCUUUGACGAUCAAGCCCGACGUCAACUCGAAAAUCGUGGGAAGAGCACAAGGGAUCUAUGCAUUUGCAUCGCAAAGUGAUUUUAGCUUGUUAAUGGUGCUCAACUUUGCUUUCACGGAAGGCAAAUACAAUGGUAGCACUCUUAGUGUUUUGGGGCGCAACAAGGUUCUUUCCGCCGUGCGGGAGAUGCCAGUUGUCGGUGGCAGUGGGGUUUUCCGGUUUGCUCGUGGCUAUGCUCAGGCGAGGACUUACACAAACACUCCAAUCCAUACCACUGUGGAGUAUAAUGUUUAUGUCUUCCAUUAUUAGCAAUGAAUUUGCUUUAAUAAUCAUCUUUUUAAUUGUUUCCAUUUA